GGUUGCUUGUCUCUUCUCUCUCUCUGGUCGAUCACUGCAGUAAUCGGUUAGGCAACGCAGGCAGCAGCGACGAAUACCAACAUGAACGAGAAGGCCAACGUCUCCAAAGAGCUCAAUGCCAAGCACAAGAAGAUACUGGAGGGGCUUCUUAAGUUUCCAGAGAAUAGGGAAUGUGCUGACUGUAAAUCCAAAGGUCCAAGAUGGGCGAGUGUGAAUCUUGGAAUCUUUAUAUGCAUGCAGUGCUCUGGAAUCCAUCGAAGUCUUGGGGUACACAUAUCAAAGGUUCGGUCUGCAACACUGGAUACAUGGCUUCCGGAGCAGGUUGCUUUCAUUCAAUCAAUGGGAAAUGAAAAAGCAAAUAGCUAUUGGGAAGCAGAGCUACCACCAAAUUACGACAGAGUUGGGAUAGAGAACUUCAUUCGUGCAAAAUAUGAAGAGAAAAGAUGGAUUCUAAGGGAUGGGAAGCAGAAAUCACCUUCAAGGGUGCAGGAAGAGACAACUUCUGUAUAUAGGCAGAGACCUGGAGGCAGAAGUGACGAUGGAUACAUCAACAAUGUUGAACAUUCAUAUGAGGAGAGGAAGAACACUUCACCAGCUACACGAAGCAAUAUUUCUGCUAUACAUUCAUAUGGGGAGAGGAAGAACACUACUCCACCAGCUACAAGAAGCAAUAUUUCUGCAAUAAAGAAUAGCAUUCCUGCACCUCCUAAAGCAACUGAUCAGGUGUCCGCUGAUCCAAGACUGCAGCCUGUUGUACAGAAAGAAGAACCAGUAGUGCCAAAGUCUGAAUCAGCAACGGAACCAGCUAAAGCUACAGUGGUUGUCUCACCUCCAAAAGUUGAUUAUGUCACUGACCUUUUUAACAUGCUCUCAAUGAAUGGUCCAACAGAAAAUGGCACGGACAAAUCUUCCAUUGAUGAUAAUGCAUGGGCUGGCUUCCAAUCUGCAGAAGCAUCAUCCACAACAGAAACUGUUAGUUCUACUAAGCCAGUUGAAAAUAAGACGUCAUCUACAUCUGGAGUUGAGGAUCUGUUUAAAGAUACACCAUUGGUUACAUCCACUCCAGUUUCAGAGAAACCACAAAAAGAUGUCAAGAAUGACAUUUUGAGCCUCUUUGAAAAGUCCGACAUGGUUUCUCCAUUUUCUAUCCAUCAACAGCAACUUGCAAUGCUGGCGCAGCAUCAGUCCCUUCUUAUGGCUGCGGCAGCCAAGUCCAGUGGUGGGGCCCCAACAUUUCCUGGCAAUUCUCAGCAACCUAGCUCUAAUGGCAUCAAUGCACUUGGAGCCAGCUCGCCUACUGAAAACUGGCCAAACUUAGGCUAUCAAAUACCGGGAAUGACAAUGCCAGGAAUUGGGCCAAAUCAGUUCCAGAAACAUGUGCGGGUGGGAAACAUGAGACCAACAAAUACAGCAGUGAACUCGAUUCUUUUUCCAUCUUCCAACAGCAUGUAUAAUAUAGGAUCAGUUGGUGCAGUCAAUGGAGUAGUAGCUACCAGUGGUGUCAAUGGGCGAUCAUCCUCUGCAUCUUCUGUCUCUUCUGUUUCUCCUACACAAACAGGAAAAGAUUAUGAUUUCUCAUCGUUAAUGCAGGGGAUGUUCUCAAACCAGAGGCAGUGAGAGUAGUGGGGUAAACAGAUUUGUUGUCUUACCACACCAGGUUACUAAAUUUACCGGAAAUAUAUCCCUUUGGCUUUGGGGAUUUCUGCUGUAUCAAGAUCAUAAGCUCUUUGUAGAGGCAGUUUCAGUUUUUUUUUUCUGUCUUAUAUUUUCCCUUUUCCCCUUAAAUUUCAAAGGUGGCUUCAUUUGUACUAGUUGUGUAUUCGGAGCAAUAAAAAUGGGUUUAAGAUUACUUGGA